GCGUUGCGACAGGGACGGAGAAUUCGAACGACAUGAAUGUAGAAAAUAAUCAUACGGCAGAAACAGAGAAGGGGCAAACGAAGAACGGCACCGAGACAAUCACCAUUCAGACUACGCUGGGAGACGAAGAUGAGGAUGUGCACAAGUGUGGACGUUGUCAGUCCGAGUUUUCCACGCUGGAAGCUUUCAUUCAGCACAAGCUGCAUCAGAGCUGCAAACGAGAGGCGAGCAGCCGGUGUGUCGACCAAGAGGAUACCGCAGCCAAUGGAAGUUCGUCUUCAGAGGUGAAAACAGCUGAAGGUGCAUCCUCAGAGGAACCAGAGAAGACCAGUAAUGAUGAAAGCAGUGGUCUGUUGGGUCGAGGCCGCAGGAAGAAAAUCUCUUCAGUUAAAGUCACUGACCAGUCAGAUGGGACCGAAAGAUCCACAUCUGACAGUGCUGACAGUGACAAGCCUCUUUACAAAGUCAACCAAGAGGGCCGUUACAUUUGCCAACUUUGUGAAAAGACAUUUAAAACAACCAACAUCUUGAGAACUCACAUGAAAACUCACAGUGACCAGAAGAACUUCUCAUGUGACCUGUGUGGGACCUCCUUUCGUACUAAAGGCUCCCUGAUUCGCCACAACCGUCGUCACACCGAUGAGCGGCCGUAUCGCUGUACCCUCUGUGGCCAGUCCUUCAGAGAGUCAGGUGCCCUCACCAGACACCUUAAAGCCCUCACACCUUGCACAGAAAAGAUCCGCUUCGUUCAGUACAAGGAGAUACUUGUCAGCAAAGAUGGAGUUCAAAAAGGUAUUGAAACUGAACAUGCUACGGUGGCUGGCCAGCAAGAGGUGGUGGUUGUGGAGCAGCAACCAGAGGAGCAGGAGAUAGUCGAGGCUCAGACUGCUGUUGUCAGUGUGGUAGAGGCUGGUUCCCAAGAGGUCCUCCAUCAGGUCCACUUCACAAUGGAGGUGGAUGGAACAACGCAGGAGCAACAGGUGGUGGUCGAGCAGUCUCAGGCAGAAGCCCUGGCUGCAGCUGCGGCAGCGGGUGACAACCUCAUCUGCCAGGCCAUCAUCAACUCUGGAAUUGCACUGGGGACAGAGGAAACGGUGGUUGAGGAGACCUCACAGGCAACUGAGGAGAUAAAUAAAGUGGUUUCUGACUGUCCUGAUGUUGAUGAGAAUAUCACUGAGAUCCAGAUUAAAGAAGAGUUUGUGGAGAUGGAGACAGAGGAAACAGAGGAUGGAGAUGAUCAGACAUCCUCAAAAUUGCACACAUGUCCACACUGUAAUCGCUCCUUCAAGGGACUGAACUACUUCCGCUUUCAUGUCAAGGGCCAUUUGGGUUACAAGCCUUUUAAGUGCACACUCUGCCAAAAGGAGUUUCUGACUGGUUACCUGCUGAAGAAACACAUGGAAGUUCACGUCAGUGAGAGGAGAUAUAAGUGUGGUGAGUGUGGCAAGCUGUACAAAACCGUAGGGCACGUACGUGAGCACAUGAGGGCCCACUCAGAUGAAAGACCCUACCACUGUGCCAGAUGCAACAAAGGAUACAAGACCAAGAAUGCCUUGCAGGUGCAUCAGCGGACUCAUGGUGAUGAGAAACCCUAUGUGUGUCACUUCUGCUUGAGAGGCUUCAGGGAGAAAGGUUCUCUGGUGCGACAUAUCCGCCAUCACACCGGAGAGAAGCCUUUUAAAUGCUCGAAGUGCGGACGCGGCUUCGCUGAGCACGGGACCCUCAAUCGACAUAUGCGUGCUAAAGGAGGCUGCCAUAAGGAAGAUUCCAGUGAGCAGCAGGGUGAGGUAACAGAGGAGCAGACGUCAGUGGACAGCCUCGCCACCGCAGCCAUCAUCUCAGAGGAACCUCAUGCUGUCCUGGUGGAGUUCUCCUCUGUGGUAGCAGACACGCAGGAGUAUAUCAUCAAGACUCAAACAGAAGAGGAAGUGCAGGAAGAAGAGGUUACAGUCAUUCAAGACAGCCAAAAUGAGAUGGGAAACCACAUCAUGAAAGUGGUGCAGCGAAUUGUUAGCCAGUCACAUGGCGCCGGCGGCACGGGCAGCCACCAGAUCAUUGUGCGGAAUGUGGCGGUGAACGAGGAGGGCCCGUCCAUCUCCGACUGCGGUGACACCAUCACCAUCGCCACGCCCGAGAGCCUGACGGAGCAGGUGGCCAUGACGCUGGCCUCCGCCAUCAGUGAUGGCACGCUGCUGGCCACGGCGGGCACCGUGGAGACGGCAGACGGAACAGUUACCAUGGUUACCACAGAGGAAGCAGUGGAAGAGGGAGUGCAGAUGGUGCAGCAGCAGGAGGAAUAUGUCAUCACCUCCCCAGAGGAGGUGGAGAUUCAGACUGUCAUUGUAUGAUUGAAGAGAACACUAACGAUGGACCGUAACGGAUUUGGCUCGACUGUACCUGUGUAGCCGAGAACUGUAGAGUUUGUAUGAGCUUCAUGUCAUAUUCAAUUACAAAACAAAGGCCAAAGUGUUUAUAAUGUUUGUACUUACAGGAAUAGAAAAACCUAAUACGAAGUGUGCGCAAGGACUAGUUCAGAAUCAGAAUCAAAAUCAAAAAAACUUUAUUAAUCCCCGUAAGGAAAUUCUUUAAGUUCUGUCGUGUUUGAUUGGUUUACUGGAAUGAAGCACUGCAUUGGGUAUGCUCGCUAAUUUUUGAACUCUUAGCUGCAUACAGCAUAAAAGAAUGACUAGAUUUAUUUUGUGGGGUUUUCAUUCUGAAAUCUUGAACAGUGUCAGGUUUUUGGUUUUUAUUUUAGGUGGUGCAAACUGAACACAUCUUUGCCUUUGGCUCUUUUGUUUGCGGCAUUUGAAAAAUGAAAUUCCAUUUUCUUUUACUACCUCAGGGACUGAACUUCUCUGUCGCUACGAUGGAUUGCUGUCCAUUGGAUUCCAGAGAGGCCAUGUAUGAGUUCAGUGUAGAUCAGAAGGAAAAAAGCGACUGGAGGGAGGUGUUUACUGGACUUAAGAGUCGUGCUCCAGUAAGACUCACAUCAGACUCGCGGGUAGACGAACGUACCCCGGAUAGCUUUUGGUUAUCUGGCUUCACUCAGCCUAACAUUGGGCAUUCUAGAUAACCUUUAUUACGACGCUGGUCAUCAGCUGGUUCAGUCAAUCCUGGGUCUGCAAGCCUUUUAGUUUGCUGUGCAAAAAAAAAAAAAGUCAUACAGCCAGAUGUGUGUUUUUGCUUGGUAUGG